GCUCUGUAAGGCGUACAUAUCACACUUACCGUGGAUUCUGACAGUCGUGAUUUCGUUGCGCUCUGACACCAACGUCAAGGUUAUCUAACAACAGUCGGCUACAGGAUGACAUCGUGGGCGUGGUUGUCGCUGCUUCUGCUGAUGUUGCUAGCGGAAGGGGAGACGCUGAAGAGCGGCCAUGCUCCCCGCUGGUUGGUCAAUCUGUUCUGCAAGAGGUCAUCAGGUCUGACUCAGGUCCCCUGGGACUGCACGGGGUACCUCCACUGCUACACCCAGGGCAUCAUGACCCAGGGAGUUUGGAUCAAUUGUCCCACAUCACUGAGAUUCGAUCCUACGUCUCAGAACUGUGUCAGGUUUUCACCUUCGUGUAUCAACAAGGAAGUUAUUGCACGCAGAUACUGUCGUAUCUACAACCACUUACAGUUUCCUCAUCCGGACAGUUGUGCAAUGUUUUACGACUGUUCCCGUAAAACGGACAACACGACCUUUGGACUGAAGGUCUACGAGAACGAAUGCCCCUACCCCACGUUGUUUGACCCAGAGCUUGCAACAUGCAGAGAAAAUCAUCCGAAUAACGAAAUAUCCUGCAACAACCCCCCUCCCACUAAGUGUGAUUACAAGACAGAGUGUGUCUCUGUGUCCAGUCAGUGUGUACAAGAUGGCUAUGCACCCAAACCCGGAACUAUCUACUCACCUGAACACAUCCUCUGUAAAGGAGGGAAAAUUUUGUCAAAUUUAAUAUGUACAUUUUCAGAGGAAGUCUUCGAUCCAGUCGACAAAACAUGCACAUCCAAUUAUCAAAAAUCAAUCAGCACCUACUGCCGUAUGCACCCCUCUGCCAAGUUCGGGGACCCAAGGAACUGCGCUCGUUAUUACGACUGCAGUACGAGGUACCACCACUUCGGGCUGAAGCCCUACCAGUCGGAGUGCCAGUACAUGCACCUGUAUGACGAGAGCAGCGCCACGUGUCAGCUGUUUGACAUGAUCAAAACCCCGUGUGGCAACAAGUUUGAGCCGAAAUCCCCCUGCGAGUACAGGAUAGGACGGUGUCUGGGUCGAGAGUAUUGCAUGGCGUGUUCCGCUUCCUGUGUUGGGCAACCGGAUGGGGAAAUCCCGUAUCCCGGCAUCCCUCGCACGCGCUACCAUCUGUUCUGCAGAGGAGAGAGGACGGUGGAGAUUCAAGAAUGUCCCAAGGGAUAUAUCUUCCACCCAAAAGUGAAGGACUGUGUGCCGGACGUUGAGGAAAUCACGACAGCACCAGCAACAACUACUACAAAGGCAACAACUACAAAAAUGACUACUCAGUUGACAACAACAACAACAACAACAACAACUACAACACAGCCCCCAACAACUACCACACCUACAUCUACAACAACGUCCACGUCAACUACCACGGCCUCGUUUUCAACACCCCCUCCUAUGUGCUCUUGUCGGGAAGAGAUGACGCCAUUGUUUCAGAGGCUGGACAACCUUACUUCCAUCACCCACGCCUUGAUGCAGCAAAUAAAACCCUCCGCUAGGAGUCCCUUUGACUGUCUGUCCCCUCCGACCCCUGACGGAGCAGUGACUCGGCUGACGUACGAGGGCCAGGAGGCUGUAGCAAGGUAUACAUGUGUCAGUGAACACUACGGCGUCUGUGACGGUAACGACGUGAGCAGAUGCAGGAACAACGACGUCUGGACCGCCCCUCCUGGGAAGUGUGGACGUGUGGUGUGGCAGAUACGAGAAGAUGAGAGCGUGGGUCGAUACCUACUGACAUUAGAUUGUCCUCCAAUCGCAAACAGCUCGAUAUUACUGGUACUGGACACACAAAACGAUUUUGGCAUCACCUUAAGAGAGGAUGAAUCUCAACUCUUCAAAUUCAUCAUUUCCAUGUCAAAGCGCACCAUUGAAAGCAAUAGUAGAGCCUAUUCUAUCGCAGGACCACUCACCUCUUCCCAGACGACGUGGAGAAUUUCACUUCAUCGGAAUAAAUAUGAACUCUAUGUAAACGGUAAGAAAACGGCCGAACACGACGCUGGAACAACCCAGUUCUCCGGCGUCCUGACUCUGUCACUUUAUGGGCUGGUGCGUCUCACUGAGGCGAGGUUCCUGCCCCCCGGGGUCCCUGACCCCGGGACCCUGCCAGAACCUGCCCCGACAACACCAGCUCCAUCUACCCUUGCAUCCUCCUCAUCUACACUUUUAUCUGCAACAUCUUCUCCGUCUACUCCGACAUCCGCAGCUCCAUCUACCCUUGGAUCCACUCCGUCUACACUUCCAUCUACAGCAUCUUCAUCGUCAACGCCGACACCAACGGCUACACUGACCGGCUGGACCCCCUUCUCGUGCCCGAACCCUCCUCUGCUGGACAAGGCGAUGGUCGAUGUCCACUACUCCUUGGCCGCGGCUGUGGCGGUGUACUCCUGUGACGACGGCUACUCCGGCGGCUGUGACGACAACAACCUGCUGUACUGUACUAGUGACAAGGGCUGGGAGGGUCGACCCAAAGCCUGUAUCAGGGUGAAUUCGGGAACAGAGGAGACGAUUGGUUCUGUGGAAAUUCCGUGCCAACUUAAGCUGGGAUACGCUCAUGAAGUGUGGGUCGAACCCAAACGAGGCGGAUCCUUUAUUAUGUUUAAAUCCGGCAAUGACACGGCACUGAAGAUGACCUUUCAUUGGCCAGCGUCCGGCCCCUACAUCAUCUACUCCUAUGAAGUCAAUGGGAGUGCUACCAUCAUACCUGCAGACACACCCAUGCCGUUCAAGGGUCGAACUGUGGCGCACAUUGUCCUGGUCUACAGAACAGAAAACCUACAGAUUCUAGUUAACAACGAGUCCCUCCUGGCCGUCCCCCAUCAAGUACCAGCGCCGCUAAUUGACAGAAUAGUUGUGGAGGAUGACAAAAUAUCCAUCAAGAAAAUCAAACUCAAUCAAGACUGGCGUCAAGGUGCAACAACAGCAGACAAAAGCAUCUGGUCGCCUCAAGACUGUCCCUUCCCCCCUUUGCUGGAGAACAUGGCGGUUCAAAUAUCCUACUCCCUGGACGAGGCAGUGGCUACCUACGUCUGUGACGACGGCUACGCCAUGUGCAGUGACGACAACGUCGUACGUUGUAACAGCAGUUCCGGAUGGCGGGGACAGCCACAGUCAUGUCAACCGAUGGUGUUUGGCGCGAUGACCAGGUACGACUUCAAGUGUCCUUUUAAACUCGGUACAAGUCUUCACCUGUGGACAACACCUGACGGGAUGAAAUCCAUGCCCACAGUGUUUCUUCAAACACGGCAAAUGUCCACAGCGAUGAGUAUGAGUAUGGAUCUGAACAAUCCCGGCGUGUUUCAUUUUAAAGAAGACUCUAAACCACAACAAUCAGUUGGUGUGAACUUUCCAGCGAUCAGGAAGAACACGGAGUACCAUGUUGUAUUCACCUUCCUCAGCGACUAUAUUCAGGUUGAGAUUGAUGACGUGCUUAUUACACAGUAUCCUCAUAACCAGCCAACACAUGAACUUACUGUUCUGGCGACGAAUGGCUUUAACAAUAGAAAGGUUCUGUUUGACAUGAACAGCGAUAUAAAGAAAGAGUCAGUCAGUACAAACCUUGCCUUGAACAAACCCGCCACAUCCAGCUCGGACAAAGAUGGAUCUCAGCCUGGCUGGCUCGUGGACGGCAACUCCUCCCCAGUCUGGGCCGACAACACCUGCUGGUCACACACCGCAGCCGACGUCAACGUGUACUGGGAGGUAGACUUACAGGGCUACUACUACGUCAACAGCGUUGUCAUCACAACCAUCAACUGUGCCGGCCCUUGUUCUACGAGGUCACAUGACUUUGAGAUCACGGUGAGGUCAGACGGAGAAGAGGUCUGUCACAUGUACCAUGGCGCGAUGUCAGAUGGAGACACCCAGAAACUGGCCUGUGACAAGGAGGUGUUGGGGAGAUACGUCAGGAUUAAACCCAAGGCCAGGCAGAACGCGAACGACCUUCUUACGUUUUGUGAAGUGGGAGUUUACGGAAGCAGACUUACCCUUAAACAGUGGUCGCCUAUUGACUGCGGUGCUCCAACUGUCCCUAAGAACAGCUUGAUGACCUUGACCUACACCGACACUGACGCCAUCGCUACACUCACGUGCAACGCCAACUCCCUGUCUUGUGGCGACGUCAGCAAGGGAGUCAUGAGGUGUUCAAGAGGUCAAGUCUGGACCGGUGCCUCCAUAACUUGUUCCCCUUCGCUGCACGAAUACCACGAGAAAGAUGCUGUGUCGGAGUUUAUGUUCAGAUGUCCACUAACCAUCUUCUCCUCCGUUGAGAUCUGGGCCACACCUCGAUCUUCUGACGUUAAGAUAUCUGUCCUGACUGACAACAAUGACAUAGCCUUGGAGGUCGUCAUGGAUUCGACCACUGCUGCAGUCCCCUUUGCCUACAUUCGUUACCAUGGUGGGGAACAGCGUCUCCCGACCCUCCCCUUUGUUCCCCAUCAACCAGCUCACAUCGUGUUCACAUUCCUCCCGGAACACAUCGUGCUUGACAUAAACGAGCAGAGGAUAAUGGCAGUGUCCCACGUGUUCGACUUUCUGAAAGCUGAACGUCUUCAGUUUACCAACCUACCUCUGAGGAAACUUAAAUUGAGCAAGGGAGAUCUGAAUGGAAUGAAAAGAGAACCGAUCAGCAGGAAUGUUGCACUUCAGAAGCCGGCCAAGGGGUCUUCAACUACCGGAAGCCCUGCGGGAAGAGUGGUGGACGGAUUCCCCUCCCCUACCGCCAGUAGCGCGACGUGUUGGCAAGUGUCCGCCCAGGACCCUAACCCAUGGUGGCAGGUGGACCUACAGGCAUACUACUACAUCGACAGGCUGGCUAUAACACACAAGAAGACGUGUGCGGGUUGCGAGAAGUUUCUCCACGACUUUGAGGUGGAGGUGUUGAUGCACGACCCGACACUCUACCCUGCCACACCCGCCAAGUCCUGCUUCUCCCACACUGGUCAGUUCCCCCACGGUAAACGCCAGGUGUUGGACUGUCUGCCUGACGUCUUUGGUCGCUAUGUCAAGAUCCGUAGUAUGAAGAAACUGGAUGUUAGUGAUUCAAUGACGAUGUGUGAAGUGGAAGUCUUUGUAUCAAAACCAACAAAACAAGGGGUAAUCUCCGACUGGUCCCCAUUCGACUGUCCCCGCCCCCCUCUCCCCGGGGGUGCCUCUGUCCAGGUCUCCCACUCGGCCACGGCGGCAACAGCGACCUACCGGUGCCAGGAGGGGUUUGCCCUGUGUAGCGGGAGGACCACAAUCAACUGCAACUCUAGUUCAGGUUGGCCGGACGCCGACAUUGUCUGUAAACAGGCUGUCUUUGAACGUAUGUCAGUGGUAGAAUUGCAAUGUCACAUCCGGUUUGGUGACUCUCUGGAACUAUGGGUAACACCCAACGUACAACAACCAAGAAUACAUUUGAUGGAUGAGAUCAGAGCUAACGGUAUUGUGUUAAACUAUUUGCCAUCGACUAACGGUUUGGAGUUCUACACCUUCAAUCAAACCGCCACAAUAGGAAAUGUCGUACCGGCGAGCGACGUCAGCUCCCUCCAGUCGGGUACAGAAUGGCACGUGGUGCUCACGAUACUACCGGAACAUCUGUAUAUAUCUAUCAACGACCGGGGCGUCUUGACCGUCCCACACAGGAUGGACCCGAGGACGAUACGUUUUAUAUCAGGGACCGACCUCACCUUCAUGAUCAGGAGGCUCGUCUGGACGAGAGGAACCGGCGUCGUUAAAAGACCGGGCCCAUUCGACUGUUCAUUGCCACCCCCGACACUUGGAGGCGCGAACGUGACGGUGCAAACAACGGGAAGGUCACUAGUUGCCAGAUACACGUGCGAGGGGGACACUGCUCCGUGUGGGGCAGCCCCGCCCUCCAGCACCUGCCGCGAGGGGAUCUGGCAGACCGUGGAAGGGACAUGUUUCGUGACGACAUUCAGAUACCCUGAUAUUACCAAGGAGAAUGUUAUCCAAAUGGAAUGUCCCCCUGUGUUUUUGACGAAGAUACACGUGUUUGCCACGCCCACUUUGGCGCAAGAGAUGGAGAUACAGCUCGUCAACAUCGCCACCGCCAGACACACGCCCGUCCUGACGGCCAGCAUCAUCUUCAUCAGUGUCCAGUACAUCAACACCUUCAUUCUGGCCAGCAACGUCACCGGCAACAUCAUCGUCGACUCCUUCCCGUUCCACGUGGGUCAGGAGUUUCACAUGGUCUUCACGUAUCUGGUCAAGGGCUUCCGUGUAAGCGUUGACGGCCAAGACGUCAGAGACGUGCAGGUCGAUGUAGAGGGAGAUUUUAUCCCCGCUGUGUCGAUGCAAGGACCAAUGGCCGUCCGGGCUGUCGAGUUUCAGAUGCCAGGAGAUGUACAAGAAGCAGCCACUGGCAUCCAAAGCACCCAGGCGCCAGCAACCCAGGAAAUAAAUCUGGCGAACAAGCCUGUCACCUCCAGUAGUUCCUUCACAAACGACUCCGAUCACCGAGUUGUUGAUGGCAACGCUGCACACAACUGGAGCUCAGAUUCCUGCUGGGCUGCUGAGAUAGGGGACCUGCAUCCGUGGUGGAUGGUGGACUUACAGUCUAACUACACCAUCGUCAACAUCGUCAUCACCAGCAGGAGUUCAUGCGGGGAGCCGUGUGACUCAAGGCUUCACGACUUCAAGAUAGAGUUAUUCGAUCAAGAACCACGACCCUCUGAUGUGGGCGUGGAGUGUCUGACGUUUACUGGAGUGUUUCCUCACACGACCACCAGAGCUCUACAGUGUAACACGGCGGUCCGGGGACGCUUCCUGAGACUCAACUCUCCGGGGAGGUCUGACCAACGUGAUCUUCUGACAUUGUGUGAAGUGCAGGUGUUUGGGGAGAAAGUAAUUUAAAUGUAGACUGAGUUGCCCACAAACCUCUUCCUGAGUCCCGGAUCGAGUUGUUGUUCCCGUGUUUCGUCUGUAUCCAACAGGGCGUGAUAGAAUUAUAUGAAGCUGAUUUCAACAGUAUUUAUUAGUGUCUGUAUUAUAAUCGUGCCACAGGAAAUAAAAUGUAAGCACGAUCA